GCGCGAUUUUGGUGCGCAUUUGUCGAUUAUUUCUAUCGCAGGAAAUAUCCUUCCCGCUUUGGUUUGUGAGAAAUUAUCAAUUUCUAUAAGAAGCUGUACAUCAUGUCUGUUGGAGAAGAAGCAGUUGAGUGUCCUCUGUGUAUGGAACCUCUGGAGAUUGAUGACAUUAACUUUUUCCCUUGCACCUGUGGUUAUCAGAUUUGUCGUUUUUGUUGGCAUCGUAUCAGAACAGAUGAAAAUGGUCUGUGCCCUGCUUGCAGAAAGCAAUACCCAGAAGACCCUGCAGAAUUCAAACCUUUGACAGAAGAUGAGUUGCAAAGGAUCAGGAAAGAAAGACGCCAGAAAGACCUUCAGCGCAAACAAAAAGCAGCAGAAAACAGAAGACACUUGGCAAAUGUCAGAGUUGUGCAGAAGAAUCUUGUUUUUGUUGUUGGCCUUUCCCAGAGGCUAGCAGAGCCAGAGGUUCUUAAAAAGCAUGAAUAUUUUGGAAAAUUUGGAAAGAUCAUUAAAGUGGUGAUCAAUCAAAGUACUUCAUAUGCAGGAGCGCAGGGUCCUAGUGCAAGUGCGUAUGUGACAUAUCUCAAACCAGAGGAUGCUUUAAGAGCCAUACAGACCGUGAACAAUGUGCAUGUUGAUGGGAGGACACUGAAAGCUUCUUUGGGGACAACUAAAUAUUGUAGUCACUUCCUAAAAGGGACACAAUGUCCCAAGCCGGACUGCAUGUAUUUACAUGAACUUGGGGAGGAAGCUGCGAGUUUUACCAAAGAAGAAAUGCAACAAGGAAAACAUCAAGAGUAUGAACAAAAGUUACAUGAAGGCUACUUGAAUAGUAUCAAUGCUGCUCAACAGGCUACUGUAGGGAAAGUGCAACCAGCUGCAACAGGACAGCAAAGCAGAAAGAAGACUGUGUCCCCAACAGCACUGACGCAGCCAUCUUCUACCCAGUCAGCACCCACAAAUCCCCCACCAAAUUCAACUUGCAAAGAUGCUUGGCCUUCACUACACAGUACAGCCAAACCAGAGCGUCUUACGAAUGGCAAUAAAUCUAGUUCUACACAGGCUUCAGAAAACCUUGUUGACUCUCCUCCUCCUGCUCCUUCACCAACACAGAACAAAGCUCCUGGGAAUCAUAGAAGAAAACCGUCAAAUGAAAAUAAUGAAAGUAAAUCUAAAGACAGUGUAGGCCAAAAAGAUAUACCAUCAAAGCAGUCGUCACCCCCCUCACAGAUGCCCCCACACCCCCACCCACACCCCCAGUUGUCUCUGGGAGCUGCCAGAAAAUUGCCUUUUGGACAGUCUGACAGUCUGUCCCUGUUUACAAACAGUGGUGGCUUUUCUUCAAACAGAAACCCCAAACCACAGUUACCAUCACAACACACAGACUCUGUACCCACAACAGAAAUACCCGAGACAAUUGCAGUUUCAAGUUCAACAGACUGGAGUGCAGCUUUUGGUUUUUCUUCCUCUUCUGCAGCGACAAAUGAUGAUGAUCUAGGUUUCGAUCCGUGGGAUGAGUCAUCCAAAGCUCUUGCAGACCUGAUACAGAUAGAAACGGCUCUGAAAGUUCCUCAUACAGCACCCCCUCAGCAGGGACAGUUCAUCCCCCCACAGCCAACAGCAGUUAGAAGUCUUCCACCAGGGUUUGCCCCUCAACAUUAUGGCAUGCCUGGAAAAUUAGAUCCUAAUGGUAGUAGAAUGCUGGGUCUAAUGCAGUUGCCUAUUCAAACCCCUCUGUCACACCCAUUUAGUGGGACAGUACCUGAGAUGGCUGCAGGGGCACCAGCUAACAGAGAUCAUGUGAAUGGAAACAAAAAUACAGGUGAUGCAUUCAGCAAAGACUUUCAAGAUGGACUUAGAGCAUUAUUACCAAAUAUCAAUAUAAGUUUUGGUGCUCCACAACAACCACAACAGACUCGAACCACACAACAACCCAGGCCACAACAACAGCAACAACAACAACAACAACAACAACAUAACAAUUGGCGAGAAUCCUCUGCAUCCUCUCAAGAUUUAUCUUGGUUAGGAUCCGACCCAGCUAUAGUCACAUCUGGUAAAAUUACCACCAGUGAUGUUUUAUCUGAGAGUCCACCACACUGGAUGAAAUCUCUCCACCAGUUAACAGAGAUAGAGUCCUCUCCUAAUCAUAAUCACAGAUUGCCAUUUGUACAACAGUUUCCCUUCAGAGCCCCCCAGGUGUGGCCCCCCCAGGUGCAGACUCCACCCCCAGGUUUUCAGACCCAACUCAGACCCCCAGCACAGUUUACAGAACAGCAGCAGUUGACAGAAGGACUUCAAUGAUGAAACAGUUUUGGCUUCUAUUUUAUGGAAAUAAGCCUAGAGAAAUGCCCCAGUUGAAUUCUGUAACUUGUAAUCUAAUGCAUAUAUUUACAUUACUUCAUGUCUAAUUCAUAUAGAUGUAGUAGUAUCAACUGAGAAUAGACAGAUUGUAAAACAGACUAUGUGUGUGUCAUUUGGUGAUGUCAGACAAAAUUAUGGUGCUUUAAGGCAAGACGGAGCAGCCUUAUUUGUUCAUGUAGUUGGUGAAAUGCAGGUUGGAAGAAAAGGAAUUGCAGAUGAGUUUGUUAACAGAGAAACAUGAUUUAGUAUGAUCUUUAUUUAUAUUUAUCAAGGUGGGCUUUUUAAGCAAUACAUUGACAUCAGUUCAGUUAUCCCAGUUCAGAAUGCUUUACACAUGUCAUUGACUAUGUUAUAUCACGAAGACUUGGCAAAACAAAUUCACAUCCAUGUUUUAAAGUGGGGAAGAAUUAUGGAGAAUCGGUAUUAUGAAUAGACAUUAAAACAGGACUAUUGCCUUGUUUCUUUAUUUUACUCUUUUGCUAUAACACAAGUCACACAGGGACUGAUAUGAUGUUGUAUUAGGUAUUAUGAAAAUUUAAGCUGAAAUAUUUUAUUGAAGUGAAUUUCAAAGAUUAACAUUGAAAACUUCUCAAGUGAAACUUUUGAGUGGUAUUUUAGGGGCAUUUCUCUAGGUAAAGUGGACAGUUUUUUCCAGUUGGUAGCUUUAAUUCACACCCAGUGUUGAAGGUUUCACCUCGCUUUUCAUACAAACAUAACCAUAUGAUGUUAAGAGGGUAAUUUGUGUGCUAUUCAGUUCUUACUGCUGUGUUUUUUGGGGGAGGGUGGAUUAAAAAGAAAUUGGAGCACGAGGAAGGAAAAUGAAAGCUUCAACUAUAUAAUGGUAAUACAGAGGGAAUAUUUGUAAUGCAUCGAGCCAGUUACUCAUUUCUUACUGGCAUCAAUAUGGAAGACGUUGUUGCCCUUUAUUGAAGGGUUAUUGUUAGCAGUGAAAUGCAUGGCCAAUUGUGUCAAAUAAACGUAACCUCAAAUGCUGA